AUCAAUCUUGAUAAAGAUGGCGAAGAAAAUAAAAACAACGAAGGAAAUGAAAAAGAAGAAGCCGAAAAGAAUGAAAAAGAAGCCGAAGAAGAGAAUGAAGAUAAUAAGGAUGAAGUACCUUAG